AGUAAAAAAAUGUUGCUGAUGCCAUUAUCAUCGUCUUCAUCAUCAUUGGUUACUACUACUAGGGCCUUUCUAUGCAAAUGUCCUCAUUCGAAGCCGAAGUUUCAAUCUUGGAACCGAACCCACGCUAACGGAGCAUCAACACGCCAUUUCCAUUGCUUUUACCAGCUACAGUUCUCUCACAUGAGGGAAGCUGUUAAAGAAGAAGAAGAAGAAGAAGGUGCUGCUAUCUCCUUGGAGGAGUGGCGGGCCUGGGGCACAACCUCCCCCGUUCCAUCCAUGGUUUCUCAAAUUGUUAAUGAUUUGAAGCUUUUGGAGAAACACGUCGAUGCUCGCAUGAGCUUUGGUGGCAAUGGUGGAAAGUUGCAGGGGGAUUUUAGGGUACAAGAAGAUAAGAAACAUCGAGCGACCUAUCAGGCAUUAGGUGAUUCUGAAAAGAAGCUCCAGUUUUAUUCAGCCAGACAAAUAGCCUGUCGCGUGCUUGGAAGCAGGGGUUACCUCUGUCAGAAGUGCUGGCUUCCUGUGGAGGAGGAUUGUAUGUGUUCAAGAAUCAAUUCCUGCUCCCUCUGGCCGGGAAUAAAAUUUUGGUUGUAUAUGCAUCCCAAGGAUUUCUUACGACAGAACAACACUGGUAAGCUGUUGUGGCAAGUGUUUGGUGUUGAUGCUGCAAACUUGUGCCUUUAUGCAUUUAAACUGACAGGAAAAAGUAAGGUAUGGUGCCUUUAUCCCAACAAGAGCUCAGUUUUAAAAUCAGUUCAAGAUGCGUUUGGUGAGGAGAUGGUCACAAACUAUGAAGUCACAGCAGCAAAGGAUUCAGAAGUAGACACAACACUGCAUUUUAUUUUGAUUGAUGGGACAUGGAGCAACUCUGCAGCUAUGUUUAGGCGUCUUCAGGAUCAAGCAAAAUCAGUUUGGGGAGAUGAGGACCUUGCUUGUAUAUCCUUAAAUCCUGGUGCAUCUGCCAUGCAUAAACUUAGGCCCCAACCAUCUUGGGAUCGGACUUGUACGGCUGCAGCAGCUGUCGGCCUGCUCUUAGAGCUCCAACUUCUUCCCCAGUUUAGCUCCAUUGGGUUGGAUACACAGGCAGAAGCAGUGGAACAUGCUUUAACCGUACUGUUAGAAGCCCUCACAACUCGACGUGUUCGCAUGGGGAGGUCCAUAACGCGGAAAGUGAGGCAAACCAACAUCCGUUAGAGAAUAUAACCAAGUUUGUUUCUGACAACUUAUACAGCAAAUCUAUGCAGUUUUUGCCAUGAGAGAGUUCGUUAACGAUGUACAUAUUGGCUGAAUGAGAUGACUUCACGAACGUUUGAUACAAUUUUUGUUUGAAGUUUUAAAUUUCAGUUCAAAAUAUGAACUGUAAUUGUUUAUUGUAGUCCAUGGAAUGUAUCAUUUUUGGGAAAAUUUGAUUUGAGGACUUCUCUAUUUUGUUUCCCAUGGUAUCCCCAAUUUGGCAGGCCAUAGGCCAAGGAUUAACCCGUUACAGAUCGGAGCACCAUUAGGUUUGUUGUUGGCCAAUGAGUUGUUUCAUGGGCAACGCGAAAUUCGAACUCGCACUGGUUGCUUAAGCGGACUUAUUAUAUAUGUCUCGUCACCUUUAUUUUUUA